UUUUCUAGGGUUUGACAUUUUUUUUUGAGUGGGUGUGUUUGGUUAGUUAGUCAAGAAGAGAUUUUUUAUUCCUUCGAAAAAUUUCUGUUUUGCAUGUGAAAUUUGUUUCCCUGUUCUUCCGGAGCUGUAUUUUUUUAUGUUUUUUCUUUUGUGGUAUUGUUUUUGGGGAUUUUAUGGUACCUAGUAUUGCCAAAAAGCAUUUGGAAAUUGCCCAGCUGCAAGGCAGCCACUCAUUGCUGUUGGAUUGUUGUGCAGCAACCCAAUUUCUUGAGUAGUGUGAAGCGAUACUUUUUUUCUUUUUGUGUAGGUAAUGUUUUGUGUGACACAUGUGUUUAGCGUGAGGAAUGCUAUUAGUCAAGUUGAUGUUUUGGAUGUUGGCUCGGGUGGGGUGGUAUUGAAUGUCACAAAAAGGGUUGUAAAUAGGCAGCUAAUUGGUUGAUCUCGUGUUUUGACUGAGGUUAGCCUAUCCAAAAUGAUCAUAAGUGUUUUCAUGUUGCAAAUGUUGCAUUUUGAUAUGGCACCAAACCCCCAAAAGUCUUUGAGCCAAAUACCCCCAGAUUCCUUUCAUCAUACCAUUUGACUCUUUCCAACUAAGUAAAUGGGAUCAUGGUCAAUUUUCUCCAUUGUUGCUAUCAUCAAUACAUGUCAUGGCUAUCCGUUCUCUCUCACCACUAGCAACCGAUGUUGUCUAAAUCACGAGGAAACUUGUAAACUGAAUCAAGGGAUUGUGUGCUGCAUUGAUCCCUCCGAUCCUUAGAAGUUGGGGUUUGACAACUCGGCAUACUGAAUCUAGGGGUCACACGAUGGCACACAUACCUCUUGACACUGCUGUUGAGAACAACCAUAACUGUUGCUUUUGCGAUUGAAACACUCACGAAGCUCACGUUGCCACUAUCUUCACCAUUCUUAAAUACCUGUGUUCUGCCAAGCUGAGAGAUUGAAGAUGGGAGGAGAUGAUUCCGCUGUGGAGAGUGAUAAUUUUGACUGGAACACUGAAGAUGAGCUUGAAAUUGAGAACUAUCAGUCUUCAUCUUCAUGUUUAACUGUUCCUAAUGGAGAUGCUGUUACUGGGUCUGGAGAGGCAAGCUCGUCUGCAGUUUUGGCUAAUUCCAAGGUGUUCAACCACUUCAUUGGCAUGGGAUUUUCUAGAGAAAUGGUUUCUAAAGUAAUUCAGGAAUAUGGUGAGGAAAACGAAGAUAAGCUACUUGAAGAACUUCUGUCAUACAAGGCUCUAGAAAGUUCUCCCCAGCCACAGCAGCGUAUUGAGCGGGAUCCUUCUUCUUCAGAAAAUGCAGGGAGCUCUUGGGAUGAUUUGUCAGAUACUGAUAUUUUUUCUGAUGAUGAAGAAAUUGCAAAAUCUAUUUCUCAGAACGAUGAUACAUUACAGACUUUGGUGAAAAUGGGGUACAAGUUGGAGGAGGCUUUAAUUGCCAUUGAAAGAUUAGGUCGAAAUUCGUCACUUGAAGAAUUGGUAGAUUUUAUAGAUGUUGCUCAGCUAGCAAAGGCUGAAGAUGCUCUUCUACCGCCUGAAGAAAAGCUACAAUACAAUGACUAUACUAAAUCCAAUAAACGAAGAUUGUAUGAUUGUGAAGUGUUGGGAAGGAAAAAGCCUAAGGGGUGUGAGAAGAAAAUUGUCAAUGAAGAUGAUGAGGAAGCUCUCCAUCUUCCAAACCCAAUGAUUGGGUUUGGUGUACCUACAGAGUCAAGCUUCAUAACACACAGAAGGAUUCCGGAAGAUGCCAUUGGCCCUCCUUACUUCUAUUAUGAGAAUGUGGCCUUAGCACCAAAAGGUGUUUGGCAAACAAUUUCUAGAUUUUUGUAUGAUGUGGAGCCAGAAUUUGUGGACUCAAAGUUUUUCUGUGCAGCAGCCAGGAAAAGGGGCUAUAUUCACAAUCUCCCCAUCCAAAAUAGGUUCCCACUUCUACCACUUCCACCGCGUACAAUACAUGAGGCUUUCCCCCUAACAAGGAAGUGGUGGCCCUCAUGGGACUCAAGGACCAAACUUAAUUGUCUGCAAACAUGUAUUGGCAGUGCAAAACUAACUGAAAGAAUUAGGAAAGCUGUAGAAAACCAUGCUGGAGACCCCCCUGAGCAUGUACAAAAGUACGUUCUUGAUCAAUGCCGGAAAUGGAAUCUGGUUUGGGUUGGAAGGAAUAAAGUUGCUCCUCUUGAGCCUGAUGAGGUUGAAACACUGUUAGGCUUCCCAAGGAACCACACCAGAGGAGGUGGAAUAAGUAGGACUGACAGAUACAAGUCACUUGGCAAUUCAUUUCAGGUUGACACUGUGGCAUACCAUUUGUCAGUUCUGAAAGAUAUGUAUCCUGAUGGUAUCAAUCUUCUUUCUCUCUUUUCUGGAAUUGGUGGAGCAGAGGUAGCUCUUCAUCGGCUCGGCAUCCCUCUCAAGAAUGUAGUGUCUGUUGAAAAAUCAGAAGUGAAUAGGAAUAUUGUUAGAAGUUGGUGGGAACAGACAAAUCAGAAAGGUAAUUUGUAUGACAUGGACGAUGUAAGGGUGCUUGAUGCUGAUCGUUUGGAGCAGCUGAUGAGCACUUUUGGAGGCUUUGAUCUUGUUGUUGGUGGCAGUCCUUGUAAUAACCUGGCUGGUAGCAACAGGGUCAGCAGGGAUGGACUGGAGGGAAAAGAAUCCUCUCUGUUCUUUGAUUACUUUAGGAUUCUGGACUUGGUGAAAAAUUUGACAGCCAAACACAGAUGAUCUUUCUCCAUUUCCCCUUUUGUAUUUAAUCCAAACUUUUUAGGAUCUUUAUGCAACCUCAAAUAUUAGAGACGGUUACUUUUCUCACCCCAUUUUUGUUGCCAAAGCAAUGCAACACUUUCAAAUAAAAACAUUUAUCUUAAAAUCUCU